UAUUUAAGCAGGGAGACUGGCGCGACAGAGCAGUCUUCGUCUGCAGUCCCUGUUAACAGCACGUCACCAUGGAUAACGAAACUCAGAGCCUUGAAGCGAUCGUCAACAAUAACCUCAGUGGACGAGACCUUGAUGAGUUCAACAGAAUUUACUACGGCAGGAAGAACCACAAUGAAGUGAAACUUAAGGAGAUUUCCAUCGCUGCCGCAAAAGAUGCAGAUUUUGAAAUUGCCGCUUACGCGUUCCCUGCAAAAAAAGAACAAACCAGACCCCCGAGGAUCGUUAAAGUUGGCGUCAUCCAACACUCCAUUGCCGUGCCCACUGAUCGCCCCGUCAACGAACAGAAGAAAGCCAUUUUCGAGAAAGUGAAGAAGAUUAUCGAUGUAGCUGGACAAGAGGGUGUCAACAUCAUUUGUUUCCAAGAGUUAUGGAAUAUGCCCUUCGCUUUUUGCACUCGGGAGAAGCAGCCAUGGUGCGAAUUCGCCGAAUCUGCUGAACAUGGCCCCACAACAAGGUUCUUGAGGGAAUUGGCUAUUAAAUACGCGAUGGUCAUCGUGUCGUCGAUUCUGGAGAGGGACGAAACUCAUGCUGAGAUUUUGUGGAACACGACUGUUGUCAUUAGUGACACUGGUAACGUUAUCGGCAAGCACCGCAAAAACCACAUUCCAAGAGUCGGAGACUUCAACGAAUCCAACUAUUACAUGGAAGGCAACACAGGUCACCCAGUGUUUGCGACCCGCUACGGCAAGAUCGCUGUUAACAUCUGCUUCGGACGCCAUCACGUUUUGAACUGGAUGAUGUUCGGUCAGAACGGAGCCGAGAUUGUUUUCAACCCGUCCGCGACCAUCGCUGCCGAAGCUGGCAGUGAAUACAUGUGGAACGUCGAGGCUAGGAACGCCGCUAUAACCAACUGCUACUUCACCGCUGCUAUCAACAGAGUCGGUUAUGAAGAGUUCCCCAACGAAUUCACUUCCGCUGAUGGUAAGCCGGCACACAAAGAUCUCGGUCUGUUCUACGGCUCCAGUUAUUUCAGUGGCCCGGAUGGCGUGCGAUGCCCUGGUCUUUCUAGGACGAGAGAUGGUCUCCUCAUUGCCGUUAUGGAUUUAAAUAUGAACCGCCAGAUUAAGGAUCGCCGCUGCUACUAUAUGACUCAGCGUCUUGACAUGUACGUGAACAGCCUUCGCAGAGUCCUUGAUCUGGACUUCAAGCCCCAAGUGGUCCAUGAAAACGAUAAGAAAGAAAAAUGAACUGCUACCAGAGAUUCACUGACUGAAAAAUUGUAAGAUAAGCAAUAAAUUGUAAUUACUACCUACCUAUUUAGAAAUUAAGAAAUCCAAUCAAUAAAUAUUACAAAAGUAAAAUCCUAUCUGCUCUGAUUAAUUUUCUGUCCGUUUAAACAAUUACCUAUUG